GUAAUAUCUUACAAAUUCCCCAAUUAUAAUUUUAUAAUGAUUUAUCUUCUAUUUUUUAAUUUAUAUUUAAAUUUUGAGAUAAAAGUAAUAAUUAUUAUUUUCCCAAUCAUUAAUAAUUAUAAUAAGAAUAAAAUAGGCUAAAAUGAAAAACUAUGUUUUUCUUCUUCCUUCGCAAAUAAAUUACUUACCUUUGCCGAGUUUUAUUGCUGAGCCCUAUGGAGCGCAAGGGAGUGCUUCUGAGAGUCGUUUAUACACAAAUAAUUCGAGUAAACAUGAUAAUUGUCAAACUAGUCUAAAUAAUAGUAAAGAAAAUAUUUAUCAUGAUGCCACUUUAAAUUUGGCAUCAAAUAGUUGUGAUCAUCAAGGAAAUCGACAAUACCAACGUGAGGGAAAUCUAUAUAAUACAAAUAGUUCUGUCAUAGAGAACGGAUCGUUUAUUAUCGAAAAAGUAAAUGAUGACAAAUGCGAAUCAGCAAAUAACUGUGCUAUCAAAAAUAAAUUGGUCAAAAGCGGCAUGGAGAGCUUAUUACAUGUUUUAUUUAGCGAAAAAGAUAGAUCAAAUAUUUUAUUACCAUCCCAGCAACAUUCAAUUCCUACAAUGACUCAUGGCAAACUAGAUUACGAUAAGGCAAGGGAGAGUAAACAGGAAGUACCGUUCAACAACCUCGAUAUUACGAAUGGGGGAAAAAUAUAUUCAAUUUUUUCUCCUUCCCAACCAAAAGAUAAUAAUAAAGAUCGUUCGCGAUCCCUGACAUCGAACAAAAUAACGCUGAAUAAAUCGAAUAAUAUUAGCUUAAAAAAUAUUCAUGAUGAUAAUAAUUUAUCACAUAUUAAAUCUAGAAUCAGUUUAAGUAAUAUAUCGCAGAGAGUUCAAAAUAUGCUGCUUAAUAAUUCUAAAUAUGAUAAAAUAAUCAACAGAAACUACAACCCUCCGAUUAAAAAAUUUCAUAUUUCAACUAGCUGUGAAUUUAAGGGGUCUAACCUUUUACCCACUUUGCAAGUCGUCAAAAAAGAUGGUUGGUACGGGUUGAACGAUUCUGUCCUAACGAUAUAUCAACAGCUGGAGAGAGAUGGUUCUUGUGAUAAAGUUAAAGUCGAAAUUAUACCGAUAGAUCUUGUUCCCCAGUUUUUAAUCAACAAUAUUUCGAAAUCUGAUUACGUGUGCAAUGGCAAAAAUAUCAACGAUGUAAGCAUGCAUUCACUUUCGCGAACCAAUAAAAAUAGAGACAUAACCAGCAGAUUAGCCGAUAAUACUUUGCAAUUUUUGAAAAGCGUGUUACAUGAGAAUAUAAUCAAUCCUUCCAUACGAAUAAACAAAACUUUAAACAAGGAUAUCAAAGGUGGUCUUAAGAAAUAUAAUGUAACCGCUAAAUUCAAACAUGUCAAACAAAAUGAAAUAAAGGAUGAUCUCGAAUCCAAAGUAAGCGAAGAAUAUUGUUUUGAUUCUCUAUCUGAGAAUACAGACUCUUCGGACAUCAAUGAAAGCUCAGAGACUGAUGAUGAAUAUGGAUCAGAUUUCUCCACAUCUACUGAAGAAAGUGAUUUAGAUGUCGACUCGAAAUUUUCUUACGAUACUUACGUGUGCAAGAUUUGUGAUCAUUAUUUUGAAAGUGGCCAAGAAUUUAUGAAGCACCAACAAAAGAAAAAACAUUUUUGGUGUGGUAUAUGUAACGUCAAUUUAGUCUCCAUGAAAAUGUUAAAUCUGCAUAAAAUAGAUUGCAAUCAUCGUUCCGAUAAGGAUUCCUUAUUCUUAGAUUGCAAUCCAUAUUUAACCAGUCCGCUCAUUGAAUAUAAUCACAGUUAUAGCAAGGACAAGAUGGAUAUUGAGACCUUAAUUUAG